AAAACGAGUUCCACACAAGGGUCAGGAAGCUAGUCGUACGUUGCGUUUAUUUUCUCCCUCUUACGUCGGUCCUUUUCGUAUAUCACGGUUCGAAGGGUCAGUUAAUCAAUAUAUUUGUACCCUUCGCUCAGUUUUAUAUUGUAAUUUGAAGGAAAACUUACAUGGAACAAACUAUCCACGUUACUGUGGUGACCUGCAUGCUGUAGUUGAGACAAAACACAACCGAAGCAAACUAUCAUAAAAUGGAUCGGGUACCAGCACAGAUUUUGAUCAAAUGUACUAAUUUUGCCGCUCUCAAACACAGUAAACAAAGACGAAAGGACCGAGAGCAAACCCCAUACAUCAACCAUCCCAUAGGGGUGGCUUACAUUCUCACAGAAGAAGCUGAUAUAACAGACCUAGAUGUCAUACAGGCUGCUCUACUGCAUGAUACAGUGGAGGACACGAACACUACGUUUGAGGAACUAGAGGAGACCUUUGGGAGUGCAGUCACAAAUAUAGUUCGAGAGGUGACUGAUGACAAAUCUCUUCCCAAAGCAGAGAGAAAACUCCAGCAGAUUGAACAUGCCCCACACUCUAGUCCCAAAGCAAAGCUGGUCAAACUAGCAGAUAAAUUGUACAAUCUCCGUGACCUGAACAGAUGUACUCCUAAUGGCUGGACAGAGAACAGAGUGCAGGAAUAUUUUCAGUGGUCUGCUAAUGUUAUUAAAGGCUUGAGAGGAACAAAUAAGAAGUUAGAAUGUGAAUUAGAUGUGUUGCUGAAACAGAGAGGAGUGCUGGAACUUUGAAGUUAGACAUUUAUUACAGUAGUCAAAUGAAAGUGAAAAUCAUAGAUAGAUAUAGUUAUUUAUUACUAAUAGAUGUAUUGAUGACUGAUUUGUAUACUUUUGAUUUUAAGGAGAUAUUUAUCUAUACUAAAACUUACUUUUGCAGACUUACCAAUGAUCUCAAAUACUAGUGUUAUCAGCUUUGGGGGUAUGCAACCAGGGCAUAUUUGUUUUUUUAGUUUAUUUAUUUAACUUAGGUAUUAUUAGGAUUAUUAUUAUUUUUUUAUUAAAAUAUUCUUGUUUGUUAUGUUUAUAUAAUAUCUUUAUUUUUAAUGUUGCUUUCCUGAGAUUUAUGACAGAAUCCAGUUUUGACACUAGUGUAUCAGUGGUAAUAAGAGUGAGUACUACUCAUGGUGGCCCCUCCCCCAAAAAUACAGUAUUUAUAUAGAAAUUAUUAUUAUUAUUAUUAUUAUUAUUAUUAUUAUUAUAUGGGAUAUUUACAAAGGCCUCCUUGCAGUAACACUGGAAUGGAUAACUUUUUCAACAUAGAUUAUUUUCUGAAACAAAUUGACCAUCCUUCUGUUGUUUGUUAAACUCAAAUUACCACUUUUUU